CGCGUCGUCCGCGAGUUCGCGCAGUGUGCGCGCCUGUCCACGAAUGGACCAUAGGUUACGUGCGUAAGUGCGUGCUUUUCGUGGAACCGCUGCUUGCAUUGCGUUGAACGACUCUCCGCCGCCGUCGUCGUCGUUCCUCGACUCCGUGUUCCCGUAGUUCGACAGCGAAGGCCCGCGUACUCGCCGACGAGGGUGGCUUGACACAUGGCACGUUGACUCCCCAGGUGACGCAGGGGAGCACGAGCGGCAGGAAAACGAGAGUCGGAAGAGUACGCGCGCGGCCCAGCCUCCUCGCGAGUGCGUCGUGCAAGUGCGCGCGUGCUUGCUCGUUCGCUCGUUCGCGUCGUGCGCGUGUCUCUACUACGUCCUGCUAGGAUUCACGAUUUUCACGAAGCGGCGAGACGACGACCAGCACCAGGAUGACCAGCGACGAGGAGACAGUGAUGAACGUCGAGACCGUGUACCGCGAGAUCAACGCCAAGCACGGUUGGGCGGCUUUCUAUCAGGCCAUACGUAGCGAGUGUGAAUCUUUCGAGUAUACAUGCAAUGAAUCAAAAAAACCACAGAAUAAAAACUUGAAUCGCUACAGAGAUGUGGCACCGUACGAUCACACUAGGAUUAUACUUAAGAGAGGCGUAUGUGAUUAUAUUCACGCCAAUCUCAUACGGGUGGAUCAUGCUGAAAGGCAAUACAUCCUAACACAAGGACCCUUACCAAAUACUAUCAGUCAUUUUUGGCUAAUGGUAUGGGAACAAAAUUGUAGAGCUAUAUUGAUGUUAAACAAGGUAAUCGAGAAGAACCAAAUCAAAUGCCAUCAAUAUUUCCCACUGGACGAUACAAAACCUACUUUAACAUUUGAAGAUGUUAGUAUAAAGGUAGAUUAUAUCAGCAAGAAAGACUCAUCAGAUUAUACUAUUAGAACAUUACGUAUAACGGACUUGGAAAGUAACGAUAGCAGGGAAAUCUUACAUUUUCAUUAUACCACUUGGCCAGACUUCGGAGUACCGCAACGUCCAACGGCCUUUUUACGUUUCUUGGCAGAUGUCAGAAAAUCAGGAGCGUUAGAUCAAAAUGUUGGCCCGCCCGUUGUACAUUGUUCCGCGGGAAUAGGAAGAUCAGGAACAUUUUGCUUGGUUGACGCGUGCUUAGUAUUGAUUGAAAAAUAUGGUUUAAAUGAUUUGGAUGUGCGACAUGAAUUGUUGGAAAUGAGACGGUCUCGUAUGGGUCUUAUACAAACGCCUGAACAACUUUGUUUUUCAUAUGCUGCCAUCAUUCAGGGAGCAAAACAAUUACCACUUGAUAACAUGGAUAAUGACGAUACAACUCAUGAUGAAAUAAUUACGAGUUACGACGAGAUGAAUAAUAAAAAUCAUCCAUUAGAAAAAGACGAUGAACCUCCUCCUCUACCACCUCCAAGAGGAGAGUCUUUAACGCGUAGUAUGAUGGCAGAUCUAAGCCCGGAUGAUUCAUCUGAUAAUGAUCUAAUGUCAAUUACAGAAGAACUAGAGGGACCGCCUGAUAAACCGUUGCCAUGUGAACCACCGAAUCAUGUAGAUUUAUCUGCAGAUACAAAUCUAUCUACAUCUAAUACAAAUUGUGUACGUGAACAAAAUGCUGACGAUGGCGUGGUACUAGACGACACUCCUUCCGACGACGCUGAAAACUCUGUUUUACUAAACAACUCUCCGUCCAAUUCAGACGCGAAAGAGGAGGUACGUCGACGCAAGAUGGAAAAGAAUGAACGACUAGCGACACAAGUACGCGAGAUGAAACGCCGGCAGAAGGAGAUGGAAGAAUGGCAAAAUUUCAAGAGGUCAUUAUUUAACCCCCUUAAAAUAAGCUUAGGCAUUGGGAUCGGUGGGGGUAUCAUAGCGAUCUGUUACUACCUGUACAUGCGUAGUUAGAUCUAUCGUGUCGCAUUUAAGGAUGUCGUACGUACGUAUAUACACGCAUUAUUUUUCGUACUGUCAGUAUAGUAAUCGAGGAAAAUCUUAAUAUGAGAUUCUAUUGCGAGGUUUUAAAAGCCUAAUCUUAGCUGAAACAUCUUGGCAAGAGUAUAAAGGCUUUCGUAAACAAAGAGUUUCGUAUUGGCAGUAGAAUCAUUCGUCAGCAAUAUCGCAAACGAUACCAUCUCCGAGAAACUAAGCAAAGGGAGAGAAAAGUUACAAAAAACAAUAGAAUACAAUAAAAUGAUGCUGAAAAGUGCAAAGUACAGUACAUUUUUAAACUGCACUGUUAUAUGUUCGAGUAACAAGAAUGAAAAUAGAAGCACUGAUGAAGGAGAUGGACUUUCGAUAUUUGUAUUUUUAUAUUGUGAUUUAUUCUAUGAGUAUCUAGAACAUUAGAAUAUAUGUUUUUUUUUUCACAAUUUUUUUAUUUGCUACCAGAGAAACAAAUACCUUAUUCUGCAUGUGUUUAUGAAAACGUUAAUGAAGAAAAGUAAAUUUUACGACAUGAUUCUUAUAGAUAAAAUAUAAACGUGUUAUUUACCAGAAUUAAUUCCACAGAUAAAUUACUCUUUUAGAUAAAGUAUACUUAAGGGUUAGCUUUGCAAUAGUUUAUCACAAUAUAAUCAUAUAAUUUUAUAAAUAUAUGAUUGUGUGGAUUUGCGUAAAUUUCGAUUAUCGGAUCAUUUUAUUUACUUAUAGCGUUGAUGACACGCUCAUACAGUGAUACGCGUAAACACAGAACGAAAAUAUAAAUCAGUUUUAUUUAUUACGGAUAUACAAAGCUGAUUUGAAUGAAAAGCUUAUCGUUAUUAAGUAACUCUUGACUUUAUUAUCUCCCGCACAUAAAUACCCAGUAAACAUAAAAUCAUUACUACUAUAUUGUUACAACGAUAUUUGAUAACAUAUGUCAUUUUCAAAUCAUAAUUUAUCGUUGUAUGCUUCAAUGUGAACAAAUUUUGAUCAUGACUUGGAGAUAAUGUUUUCAAAAUUUGAACAACGUUUCGAAAAAAAAUUAUAUCAAAUUGUUUGAAAAUGUUUAUACAAUAUCAUUUUAAAAGUAUAUGAAACCAAUAUUGUUAAAUGUUUUAAUGUUUCUUAUUGCUUACUGGGUACAUUUUUCUUUUGCGGAAUUCGAUCUUUUUCUUGUUAUUUAGUUAAUAUAAACAAAAGAAAGAAGACAAAUUAUAUGUAUAGUUUUCUAACUGUUUCUAAAUGAAUCGAACUUAAUUUCACCAAAAUCUUUGAAGAGUUAGGAUGAAUGAUUUAUUUCCAAAUCAUCUUUAUAAUUUAUAAUUUAAAUUCAUAUUUUCAAAUACUGCAGCUUAUGUGUUAGUAAAACUGUGGCCAAGUUAAGAGUGUAAGAGUUCAUGAGCACAUAAUCUUGAUUUUUCAUGAAAAUAUGAAUUCAAUUUAUGAUCUGGAAAUAAUCUGUAAAAUUUCUUUAGUAGCAUUAAGUGGGUUAAAUAAUAAUAAACCUAGAUCUUGUUAAACAAUUUUAUUAUAGUUCCAUAGGUAAAUGUUUUUUAAAUUUUUGAUUGAAGUAGAUUGUCUUAUGUUAAAAUCAUUUAUGAAAAUUUAGAUUGGGCGAAUAUUGUAUAUUAACAUUUCGUAAAAGAAUUUGAAAGUGUUUUUUGGUUUAUUAUGAUAAUCUUGUUUAAAUUUUUUAUUGUUUGGCUAUGAGUAAGACAUUUUUUCUUAUUUAUAAUUUUUAUUUUCUUCUUUUAUUACAACAGAAUGUUAUAUUUCAUGCAAAUCGUCAUUUGGGAAAAUAUUUCAUGCAACUAUUGAUAAAUUCAUACAGUUUGCUCAUAUGCAGGUUUGCUGAAUUCUAUUUUAGCGAUAAUGGAUCGUAGAAUCAAUUAUUUUAUUCUGCAACUAGACAUUCCUGAUGUAUGGAUAUUAGUUUCAAAUUUCUUAUGUUUAGAAAUGAAAUUUAUUUUAAAUGCGAUUAUGCAAAAAGAUUGAAUUUGUCAUAUUUAUCAAGAGAAUUUUUUCUAACAAAUUAGCUUUACUUUCUUUCUGUUAUUGGAUAAAUUACAAAAAGAAUGUCACUUUUUGUUGGAUGUAGAAAUUACUGAUAGCAGUAAAAGAAAAGACGAGUGUUAUUUCCAAGAGUUACUAGUGAUCUCUCCGCGAUAGUUUCUUGCUUUUAAUUUUUUUUUAAAUCAAAUUCUAUUCAUGCAUUUAUCUCAAUAUCCUCAUUAAACUUUAAAAAUUUAGUAAUAAAAUUACGUUAAUUAUUAUAGAGAGAAGUUGAGAAAGAUUUAAAAACGAAAUCUUAGGUAAUGUGAAUUCCAGCUCAUUGCCCAACAGCGUAUGUAUGUCGCAAACUGUGCAUUGAGCAUUGCGGACAAAGACUGAGUACGUCUAAUGAGGAAAACAGAAAGGGAGAAAGAGAUAAACAAGCGAUAAAAUAACGAAAGUUAAGCCCGCGUAUAUUUCUUAAGUCGAGCUUUUAUAUAAGCCACUUUGAGAGAAAGACUUGUCAGAUCGUGUUCCAAUCCAAAGAUGUGAAGCGUGAUGAAGAAUAUGUGCGUCGUGACGUCUUGAAAAGAUGCGCAUAAUCACUAAAGCGUAUUUUUUACUUUUGUACCGUUGUUCCACUGUUGGAGCACGAUCUCCCACGAGAUGUUUUCUGACACGUCGUACUUGCGCAUAUCGACAUGCUCGUCUUCGCGUGAUUAUGUACACGUUAGCACGCGUUGCAAAAGAAAUUGAAUGGAAGAGCGGAAAGGGAGUCAUCGAGAGCACUCCCCACGCGGAACACGAUAGUCGAGGGGAUAUGCAGUAUUCUAUUGUCAACAACACGUUUUAACUUUAUGCACUAAUAUACUAUUGUUAUCUAAUUUUUAUCGAGAUAUUAUUUAUAUAAGUAUAAAACCCGCAGUCUGCGACGAUUCGAUUGAAAGGAAAACGACGCGAUUAAUUUCAUGACGAUCGUUAUAUCGUGUCAUUAGCGAAAACGCACCAUGGCGUGGAAAUCCGUCAGUCGUUUCAUGCGUCUUAAAAUUAAGCUGAAGAACGUAUUGAAAUUUCGAAGGCAACAUGUGGUUAAAAAAAGAAAUUUCACAAUUAUUCAUCUGCUGUUUUACGCAUGAGACGAACGAUCGCAGACGCUCAUCUCUCCUGUUGUUGGCGACCGCGCGAAGCUUCCGGAAGUGAGACAUGCGUUCAUGAAAGUUCAUAGGUCACGAGGACACGGUGCUAAUUAAAAAGUUCCAAAAACCGACGUACGCUUCGACGUGCGUGCAUUUGUACGCGCGUGUAUGCUUAGACACGAGAUUGAAACAUGUAGUGAGAGUGAAUGUAGGAACAAUAGGAAGUGAUUACCGAUGUUGAUCGUGCAACUCACUCAUCGAAGCACUAUUCGGGGAAAUGUGCGCACGCCGCACGGUUUCGCAAUGCCACUAGAGAAAUUAAUUUCCACUCGGUAUAAUAUAUUUUUAAAGUUUCUGUCAUUUUUUGUAACAUUUUAUAUUAAAGAAAUUUUCUCUUGUCGAAUGUAUUAGGUGUGGCAAUCUGUUUUCACACGUAAUAUAAUUAUAAGCCUUCGUGAAAAAAAAGCAUCUACUUAUGGACUUCACAUUCAGCAUCGGACAAGGCACGAAAGAGCAGAAAUUUGGCGACGCAUUCUUUUAUACUAUUGUGUGCAUACAAUAGAUAUAACAUUACACAAAACACAGAAACAUAGCUAAGUGCCUAUUCGUACAAACAAGGGGAGGGAAGGAAAACCACAGCGAUUGAUAAAUAGUGUAACGGUAACGAUUUCUCCCCUUUUUGGAAGAACAUAGUCACCGUGGAAGCGAGCCGUUUUUAUUACCCGACAAUAUAUAAAUAGAUAGUUAUUUAGUGAAUCUAUAAGGUUGAUUAAUUUACUCGGAAUGGCACCUUCAGAGGUGCUCCUACCAUAUUUGAGAUAAUAGCAAGAUAUUGCUUUCUUUUUUGUUAAUCUUAUUUAUUUUUUUGUGUACAGAAUUAGUGUGAACAAUAUAUAAUCUUUGGUAAUCAAAAAUUCUUUAAAAUUGCCUUCUAAUCGUAAACAUUGGUGGGAUAUAUCUGGCGUGUGUGAAAUAAAUGUAAUAAAAAUUCAAAAUAUACUACAUUAAAAUUACUCUUUAGAUCUGUAACUGUUUUUUUCUUUGAGAUAAAAGGAAAGGCCAUUUCGAAUCAAUCAAUCAAUCUAUUAUAAUCUCCGGAUUGUCGAGCGAUCAUGCAUCAGGGUACCUACGGAACGCGAGCGAUAAUAUCGAGCUUAUCUCGAGUAGAAAUCUCGAUUUUAUAUCAUUAAUUAGGCGCGCUUGAUCUCAAUCUUGCGCAAUAAAAUUUUGACCGCCGCAGGAACUUGCGUCUUCAAUUUAAAGCAAUACACGUAGAUUAUCGUGGCGAUAUCGAACGUUUUAUGAUUCGAUUGAUACGCUUGGCAACCGGAUUAAUAAUAAGAAUCGAGUGUACUCAUUAGGCAGAUGUAAGAAUGGUGAGAUAGAAAUUUGAUGAUCCUUGAUUCUUAGAAGCGCACCAGCUAGAGCAUACAUUUUAUAAAUCACGAUGUCCUUUAAUCUACAUGAUGCAUCCUUUAUAUACGGGGCCUUUUUACAAUUACUGACGAUUGUUCAAUCGUUAAUUGUCGAUGCGAAAAGAAACGUGAAUUUAUCUCAGUACGAUAAAAUAGAUAAUUGUGAGCGUGCUUCUCAAAGGAUUAAGACAUAAGUAUGUGAAGGUGGAGAAAGCUGUACGCUUGUCCGAUUAAUCGAUUGUCAAUUAGAUGUAUUACAAAAUGAAUGAUUGUUUCCAUUUUUUUGUUAUAUAAAUUGUAAUGGAAGAUUAUUAUCAAAGACAAUUGCAAGAAAAAUUCGUAAAAUAAAAAUUUACUAAUAGAACGAAAAAUUCUGGUUAUACGCCGAGAUAGUUAUAGAAGAAUAAUUUUUUUCACGUUUUUAUUAUACUUGUGCAUAUUACAAGUUCGUUAUAUUAAAAUUUUUGAAGGUUUAAAAUAGAAUAACUGAUUAAUCGUACAGCGUCGGCAAGGGUAAAUAUCUCUCCCUAGCCCAUUCUGCAUCCUGCACAACUCUUGAAUUGUAGUUAAUUACAUUUAUAUACGAUGUAUCGUUGUAGAAGUAUAGCGUCGAAUGGUAUUUUAAUGUAUAGAAAACUGAAUGAUACACAGUAAAAGAAGGGAAACAAAUUGGAAAUACGUGUGAAAGAAAGAAUUGGGUAAAGAAAAAGGGAAAAGUUAGGUGACGAGAGGAACGAAAUUAUUUUAUCGCACAAAUUAUUCAACAAAAUUCUACAAAUUAUUUGAAACACAAACUAAAUUUUUUUAAUAUAUAAUCACAUUAACUUCUGGAACACAGUACAAUAUGUAUUUUUUUCUAAAACUGUUUUUUUUUCUUUUUUGUUUAUAGAAAUAUUUGUUCGUUACUUAUCAAGUCGUUAUUUAUUGAGUUUUAAUUAUUUAAUAUAUCAGAUUAUAUAUCAUCUAUCUAUUUACAUAUAAUUAGCUGAUAUGAUAGCAGAAUCGCAACGUUAAAUCGCUCUGAUUCCUCUCCUCCACCUAAAUUUCAUGAUGGGACAAGUUACACGGAUAGGUUACUGGACGACAUAUGAAGAUUUGCAUACAAUAAAAUUAUUUAUACAGAAGUAACGAAACGGCAAUGCUCUCGCAUCGUGCAUUAGGCCGAUUCGUUCGAAAUGGUUCCCUCCCGCGAGAAUACUUUUAUCUUAGAGGCUGUAUAUUGGCAGAUAUUUUACACAACUGGGGAAGUAGCGUUUGUGAGAGUAAAAUCUUUUUCAUUGUAGAUUUCAUACACCAUGAAUUUAAAACACGUAAUUCUUACAAUUGUGCAUUUUUCACCGCGAAUUUAUUUUCGCAAAAUACAUUUCUGCGGAGAGUCCGGAUUUAUGUACUAUGGAUUCAGGUAAUACAGAUGUUUUUUUACGAAUCAUUAACAAGGUGUAGUAGAUCCCAGACAAUCAUAACAAAGGCAUCUUAAAUUGUUUAACCUGAUAUACUUUCUUUUAUUUAGAUUCUUGUAUUAAAAAGACGUAGACUUUGAUUAGAGUUAGCUUGGUGAAAUAUUGGUUACUCGUUAAAUUCGAUAGGAACAUUUUGUUCAGUACAUUUCAUUUUAACAUUCCCGUAGUUUUCGAUAAUCUUAAAAAAAAAUAGUCUGCCAAAAGUUCCGUAAGGUUUUAAUAAUCACAGAAUGUUUUGCCUCUAUUUGCAUCUAUAUUUUAUUUGUAACCAGUGUAUUUGAUUUUAAUUUGUAAGCAGUGUUGAAAAUUGGCGAUUCUUGGUAUGCAUAUUACUUUUUAAUUAGAUUAGUCUUUCGGCAAUAAUAACUGUACUAGUAUUAUUGUAUAUAAUUGAACACUUUGGUUAUUACGUUAAAUUAGUCACGAGUUUUAUUGCGAAUGUGUGUGUAUGAAUUGCCGAUAGCUAAUGAUAGUAGUACAUCAAUUAUUGAUAUCCCCUUUCUUUACCCUAGAGUUGGAUCGUUUAUUUCGAAAAUUGUAUAAGUAAUGCUAAAAACUCCAUUAAAAUAAUCUUGAAUUUUAAUAUUGUGGAAUUGAACUUAGAUUUUUGAAAUAAACGGCUCAAUUUAUAACCUCGAGAUUCCAUCCUAUUUUGAAAUCUGAAUUUGAUUCUCAAAUCGCAUAAACCUCGAGAUAUUUAUAUGUAUGUUCAUGAGCGAUGCGAAUACAACCCCUCUCGUGUUUUACCUAGCGCAAAUUAUUUUACCUUUGUUUGCCGUCUCAUACUUAGUCUUUCAUGUCCAACUGAAGCCUGUAGAGAUCCUUAUCUGAUGAUUUCUUUCAGAUCAAAAAGCGAAACUACCGAAAGCGGCGAAUCUGUGCACGAGGAAGCUGAGUCCACCAUCUAAAUUCAAAGAAAAAAAACCGUCCUUCCAUAGAAUAAUAAUUCUCCGUUGUGUGCCUUGCCACAUUUUUAAGGGAACUAUAGAUGAAAAUCUGUUUCAGUACAAUAAAUAUAUACUUAAUAGAGAAAAAUAAAUCACAAUUUUUUUGCUUCACAGAAA